AUGUUAAGAGUUGGUGCAUCUGGCGAAGGCCCAUUCACAAGUGGUACACAGACCUUUUCACUUGAUAAGCGCAAGAAGCAAGUAACAUUAUGUGAGACAGCACCAGGUUCCAGUGCACCAGAGGACCGAAAAGUGGGCGUGGCAGCACCUAAGAUGUUCGCUUUUGAUGCAAUCUUCUCACAAGAUGACUCACAGAUUGAAAUAAGUUCAAGCGCGUUAACCGACGUCAUUCACGCGGUCAUUAAUGGAACGGACGGUUGCCUCUUCUGCUUCGGCCAUGCAGGAUUGGGCAAAUCGUACACAAUGUUGGGGCGACCGGACGCAUCUUCCCUUGGAGUGAUCCCUUGUGCCAUUUCCUGGCUGUUCAGGGGGAUUGCUGAACAACGACACAAGUGCGGGACACGAUUUUCUGUUCGCGUAUCCGCUGUAGAGUUAUGCACUAACACGAAUCAAAUUCGAGAUUUGUUGGCCCCUUACCAUAACGAUACGGAACAAUCACCAGGCGUAUACCUUCGUGACGAUCCGCUGUUUGGGACUCAUUUACAAAACCAGUCUGAGUUAAGGGUGCACAGCGCUGAGAAAGCGGCUUUCUACCUAGAUGCAGCUCUUCAAACCCGUGGUGCGAGAGAAGAAGGAAAAGACAGCCAUCUACUAUACACCCUCCAUGUUUACCAGUACAGUGUUGGCGGCAAAGGCGCAGUUGCCGGAGGACGAAGCCGAUUACAUCUAAUCGACUUAGGAAACUCAGAACGCGGAAAAACUAACGGAGGGAUACCUUUAUCUGGCUUAGGAAAUAUACUACUAGCAAUUUUCAAUGGCCAACGACAUUUGCCCUACCGAGAUCACAAUCUAACCCACGUCUUAAAGGAAUGUCUUGGUUCCUUGACUUGCCACACAGCUAUGAUAGUACAUGUUUCCCCAAAUGUACAAAGUUACACCGAUACGUUGACAACAUUGCAGUUAGCAUCCCGAGUUCAUCGUCUGCGUCGUAGAAAAAUAAAAUAUCCUUCGAAUAAUAAUGCUGGCUCUGGUGGCAGUUCUGGCGAGGAUGCAUCUAAGCCAAGCAGUAGUGAACCUGACCCAUCAAGCAGUGAUUUAUCAGCAGAUACAGUUAUAUAUGUGGGCCCAUUAGACGAUGCGACCGAUGGAGAGCAUCCACCUGUCUAUAUUCCUCAUAUAAGCUCGGGGGAUAUCAAAAGUUCCCUUAGCAAAACGUUAAGAGGUUCAAUCUUAGAUCAGAAACACAAAUCGGCCUUAUCAAAAGUUGUAGAAGAAAAAAGUCCUGUACAUAAACUGUAUGCAACUCCCAAAUCUUCUCCGCUAAAAACUGCUUUACCAUCUGCAUAUACUCCGAAGUCGUCACCUUUGCAUACAGCUAUACCAAAAGCUGUACCCAUAAAAAAAGCAAUGCCCAAACACGCAGAAGAUGGUAAAAGUACAAGUGACGAACAAUGGAUCGAUGGACCCAGAAUCUCUAAAUCUAAACUAGCAGAGGCUCGCCAUAAUAUUAUCAAAGAAACUCAAGGAAAUAAGAAAGAAACUUGGAUAGACGGACCUAUGCAAGAAUCAAAAUUGCCAUUACAAUUUGAAUCAGUACCAAUACCACCAAACGCUAAUUCUGUGUCACUUCAACUUGGAAUUCUAAACUCUUACACUGGUGAAAAUAUUGGGUAUGGUUAUAUGGACAACCAUAAGAAAAACAUGAUAAGAAAGUGGGUUGAAAAUCAAACUUGUCAAAUACAAAAAUCUCGACAUAAUUCCCCUAGUCAUAAACCACAACAACCUUUCAACACAAAAGAGUCAAGUUCAAAGUUACCGGAAGAAAAUGAAGCUACUCAUAGAAUGGAAGCAACUAAAGAUUCAAGGCGCAUUCAUGUAGAAGAGUCUACUAUUAGAACCGGGCUAAAAGCAGGUUCAAAAUCAAUAGCCAUAGAAGAAGAAAAUUUUUGUCCACCUGAUGCAAGUACAUCGUCUAAAAAAUUAUCUGGCCAAACCAAAUCGAUAGCUAAAAGCGAAGUAGACGAAGAUGAUGAUAGUGAAGAACUAGCAGAAAUACCCCCCGCUUUACCUUUGAUACAGCCGAGUAGCCUAAGUAGUAGAGAAGUAUCAAUGGAAAGUUUAGAUAGUAAAUAUAAAGAAAGAAUGAGAAUGGGAGAUGAAAUUGUAUCUAAUCACAGUAGAGAUAUCGAUCAUCAUGGAAUGAGUAAAGGCCCGGCUGAUGAUGAGGAUGAAAUACUAGAAAUAAUUGAAGUUGAAGAACCUUUAGAGCCUGUUCCUAUGCAAGAUUGCUGUCUUCAAGUAACUGAAGAAGAUAUUGCAUUUUGUAUGGGGCUUACUAACUUUGAAGGUGAUGAUGAUGAAGAUCAUCCACUUAGAAUUUUAAGUCAAGAAAAUCUAACAGUAGCCUCAACAUUUACUGACACACUGUCUUUAUAUAGUGAAGUUGAACGCCAAAUAAGAAAUGAGGCUUAUCUAAGGCAAACUAUGGAGUUUUAUGCUCAAACUUUUGGUGAAAAUCCUGAUAUUAAUCCUCAUGCCAGUUUACCUACGUCUAGAUCAAGAAUAGAUGAUCUCAUCGAGUUAACAGAAAUGUAUGGUCCUAGAAAAUUAUCAGAUGGAAAUAGUUUUGCAGCAACGAGAAUAGCACCUCAGUUUCAGUCUAUGUCGUUAUGUAAUGUUAGAGAUACGGAUGAUUACCACGGAGAUGGGUCUGUGUAUAGUGAGCCAGCGUACAGACCAAGUGAUAAAAUUUGUGAUAGUUGUAAACGAACAAUGUCGAGACCGGGUAGUGUUGUUGGUGAAUGCGAAGUAUAUCAAAAUUUAGAAAUAGCACACAAUGACUGCUAUGGUCCAUUUGAAAGAUAUAGAGGCAAUGACAUCACUGAUGCUCGAAUAGCUUCACUAAGACAUCCAGACGGUGCCUCGGAUCCUAAUCUUCGGGAAGAAAAUCGAAUACCAGGAAAUGGUGCUCCAUCCAGUACUUUUCGGGAAUUAAAAUCAAAUUUGCAUUUGGAGGUUAAACCUCCUGCGGUUACGGUCGAACCACGUUCAGAGAAAGGGGACAAGGGCGUAGCAAGAGUGAUAGCUAGUUCCAAACAAGACGGUUACGAUAGUGGUCACGAAUCAACUCCGAGAACAGGCAAGCACAGUCCAGCCGGAACAUCAAGAAGAGCAGAAUCAGGCUACGAUUCAGUUCCUAGAGACUCUGACGCUUCAUCAUUAGAUUCGUACCCAACACGAAGAGCUGCCGUGGCGAGAGCACACGCAAAGAAACAUACCACAGCUAAGUAUAAACAACACAGCGAUCGAUCGUUUUGCUCUUGGCUUAGAAAUCCUUUUACAUGUAAAUAUGCUGACACCGAUCCUGAAAUCAGUGACUUUUAA